AUGAGCAGAGAAGGGAAGGUGGUGUGUGUAACAGGAGCGUCUGGUUUCAUAGCAUCAUGGCUGGUGAAGCUCUUAUUACAACGCGGUUACACUGUAAAAGCCACGGUUCGUGACCCAAAUGACUCAAAGAAAACAGAACACUUAUUGGCACUUGAUGGGGCAAAAGAAAGGCUGCAUUUGUUCCAAGCAGAUUUGAUAGAAGAAGGAUCUUUUGACGCUGCAGUUGAUGGAUGUGAAGGUGUUUUUCAUACAGCAUCCCCUGUUCUAUUUUCAGCCACUAACCCUCAGGCAGAAUUAAUUGACCCUGCAGUGAAGGGAACCCUUAAUGUUCUCAAAUCGUGCGUAAAAUUCGCUACCGUCAAGAGGGUAGUUUUAACAUCUUCUAUGGCUGCAGUCAUUUUCAAUGGAAGACCAUUGACCCCUGAUGUGGUGAUUGAUGAAACAUGGUUUUCAGAUCCUCUUGUUUGUGAGAAUUUGAAGGAAUGGUAUUUUCUUUCAAAAACUUUAGCUGAGGGGUCUGCUUGGAAAUUUGCUGAAGAAAAUGGGAUCGACUUGGUUACCAUAAAUCCAUCAUAUGUGAUUGGUCCACUCUUACAACCAUGUCUUAAUCUCACUGUGGAGAUGAUUCUGAAUCUCAAAGAUGAUAUUGAAGAUGUAAACAGUUCAAUUUAUACAUCUACUGAUGUUAGAGAUGUUGUCUCAGCUCAUGUUCAAGCAUUUGAGGUUCCUUCAGCUAAUGGAAGAUAUUGUUUAGUUGGACAUGUUACACCCAUGGCCAAGGUUCUGAAGAUUUUACAUGAACUUCAUCCCUCUCUUUGCCCACCUGAAAAAUAUGAGGAGGCCAAUCCUUCUGAACCCACAUUUCAAGUAUCACAGGAAAAAGCAAAAAGUUUGGGAGUAAAUUUCCUUCCAGUGGAAGUAAGUCUUAGGGACACUAUUGAAAGCCUCAAGGAGAAGGGCUUCCUCAAGACUUUUAUCUGCAAUUGCCCAGAAUGGUCAGGAGUUGCUUUCAGCUCUUGA